AGUGGCUGCUCCCUCUUAGGUGUAAGAUUAAAUAAGUUAAUGUUGACAAACCAGCAUGAAGACAUUCAGACGAUUUUGUUUCUGAAAUUUGAUUUCAUAUCUCUGUCCUCAGCGCAAGGAGACUUCGCCCCCUAUUUCUACGACAAUGGGCCCUACAGUGAUAAUGGGAACCUGGCUCUGUUCAGCCUGUCAGAGGACACGGCUGUCGGUACACAGAUUUGCCGUCUUAAUGGCACAGACCCUGAAGGUCGGGAGGUGCAAUACGGCCUCACCUUUGAGCCAGGAUCCAAGGAAUAUUUCAGGGUUGAUCCAGAAUCAGGAAACAUCACAUUGGUGGAAAAGCUGGACAGAGAGAAACAAGAUUCUAUCAAUGUGCUUGUCAGCAUCACAGAUGGGAAAAGCAAAGUUGUGGAAAGAGUCACGGUAUUUGUAAUGGAUACAAAUGAUGAAAAACCCGAAUUCCAAAACAUGCCUGCAAUCAUCAAUGUUCUGGAAACAACUGAGUCUGGAAGCAGCAUCUACAAAAUCGAGGCAGUAGACAGAGACACCGGCUCAGGCGGAUCUGUGACUUAUUACCUGCAGAAUCCUCAGCCCAGUCUCUUUACCGUUGACAGACACAGCGGAAUCCUUCGAAUCAAAUCUGGAGAAAUGUUAGAUUAUGAGAAAACCAGGAUUCAUUUUGUCACCAUAAUUGCAAAGGAUGGCGGUGGGAAUUUCAAAGGCAAGGAGCAGUUUCUGUCAUCUUCCGCUACCCUGACCAUCAAUGUGGUCGAUGUACAAGACACACCACCUUUGUUUAUUGGGAUGCCAUAUUUUGGCUAUGUUUAUGAAGUCUCAGUGCCGGGGUCUGAAAUAUUCACGGUUGUUGCCACAGAUGGUGAUGUGGAAAACCCACGUUCAGUCUCUUACUCAUUUGAUGAAGGUGAUGAUGGUGUUUUUAGCAUCAAUAAAACAAGUGGCUGUAUCACCUUACUGGUUUACCCCAUUUAUUUAAAAAGAGAAAUCUUUAAUAUUACAGUCAGGGCCUCAGAGGUGACCCCUGAAGGUAAGGUCAUGGACUACAGGGUGACAGCAGUGGUGAUCCGGGUGGUGGACCUCAACAAUCACCCGCCCACUUUCUACGGCGAGAACGGCCCUCAGAACAUGUUUGAACUCACCAUGUAUGAGCAUCCACCAGAGGGAGAGAUACUCCGAGGGCUGAAAAUCAGCGUCAACGAUUCUGAUCAGGGUGCUAAUGCUAAAUUCAAUCUGAGGCUGAUUGGACCGGGUCGGAUGCUACGAGCUGUCCCUCAGACGGUCCUCAACGAGGCCCAAGUUACCGUCUUAGUAGAAGACUCUGCUGCCGUGGACUAUGAGAAACAUCAUUUUCUCACAUACAAGCUUCUUGCAGUAGAGAUUGAUACACCAGAGAGAUUCAGCGCCACAGCAGACAUCGUCAUUCACCUCCUGGAUACCAACGACAACGCCCCCAAGUUCUCUUCAGAUUACUACAUCGCCAGAAUUCCAGAAAAUUCACCUGGUGGCUCCAAUGUUGUGUCAGUGACAGCGACAGACCCAGAUUCAGGUUCUUGGGGUGAUGUGAAGUACUCUAUCUAUGGUUCAGGGGCUGAUCUUUUCCUGAUCCAGCCGAUGUCAGGCAUCAUCUACACCCAGCCGUGGGUGAGCCUGGAUGCAGAGAUGAGGUCAAAGUAUAACUUCUAUGUGAAAGCAGAGGACACAGAGGGAAAGUACAGCCUGGCUGAGGUCUUUGUCACAGUGCUGGAUCUAAACGACCACCCGCCCGCCUUCAAUGACAACUUCCUUGAGAAGACCAUGGUGAUUGGAGCACCUGUGAAAAUAGAGGCCGUUGAUGAUGACGCAGAAGUACCCAAUAAUGUCAUUGAGUAUGCCAUCAUGAGGGCUGAACCAGAUAAUAUCUUUGACAUUAAUGCGGACACGGGGGAGAUUAUGCUGAAGUCCUAUAUAAAGUCAAUGGCCAUUAUUCAGAACAUCACCAAACAGAGGGACUGCACCUGGUCACUGGUGGUACAAGCCCGAGACAGAGGACAGCCGUCUUUCAGCACCACUGCGGUUGUCAAGAUCGACAUCACGGAAGCUACCCAACUCAGUGAGGGGCCUUUGGCAUCAUUUUUAAUGCAGAGUAGAAACGAGCCUUUGCAGAUCAUAGGUCUGCUCGCUGGUGCCAUCAGCCUCAUGGUCGUAAUGACAGUCGUCAUCUCCACUGCAACAUUCAUACGCAACAAAAAAUCCAACCGUAUCCUGCCCAGUCGGCGCGUGAGAAGGAGGCCCAGACACCAGCCGACGACGUGGACCUUCAAGAACCCCUUCAAGAAACCUGAUAAUCCAGGAACCAAAUUUCAAGUUGCAGAUGAAGAGCAGCAGCCUGAGGUCUUUGUCAACAAUAUCAACUGUAAUAAUAAUGUCAGUAACAUUGUGAGACAGUGGCCUAUGCCGCCAUGCGCCCCGUCUCUGCCCCCUCCGCCACCGCUCUACAUGCCAACGGACAGGCAUGGGGCUGGAGCCGCUGUAUCAACUGCACUGGCACCAAAACCCAAAAAGAAGGUGGUGAUGACGAGGCAGGACACUAUAAACAAAGCGUUGGUGUCAGAGCUCAAAAUGAGGCUGGAGCAGAAGAGGAUGCUCAAACAUUAG